CUUCAACCGUCAACUUCACCUUCAACUUUUCUGACCUUUGGACUGCAAACAUGAACAGAGCGUUCCUUUUCAACUCACUUAGUGCUUUGUUGAGGGGAGAGAAAAAAAAACCUGGUCAGACUCGACGGUGAGACUCGGUCCGACUCUCUUUACUUUUCCUCUUCCAAGUGUUUCUGAUAUCCAAUUCUCCCUGAUCCCUGUCACCAUCUCGAGCCCUACCGGCAUCUAUUAUCGUUAGCUUCGAUUCCCGGCAAGGAUUUGGCUUGGGCUUUCAACUGAAGCAAUGACGCUCCGAGAAUCGCCGGCCCCGGGUUCUGCUCAACUCCAUGUCCGAUUUGUGUCGUUCAACAUCCGCUUCGCUACCGAUAAUCCUGUUCCUGGAGAGCAACCGUGGACUGAACGUCGGCCAAGGCUUUGUGCUCAACUCAACUUUCUUACCUCUGGCCAUGACUCAACAUUUCUCUGCCUCCAAGAAGUCCUUUACUCACAGCUUCUUGAUAUCCAGGAUUCUCUCGGUCCGUCGUGGAGCCAUAUUGGCCGGGGCCGAGAAGACGGCAAACUGGCUGGCGAGUUCUCACCCAUCUUUUUCCGAGUGGACGAAUGGGACUGUGAAGACUGGAAGACGUAUUGGCUUUCCGAGACUCCAGAAAGGCCGUCAAUCGGUUGGGAUGCUGUCCUUGAGAGAAUCGUGACCGUCGGAUCAUUCCGCCACAAGACGACAAGCAAAGCGGUCAUUGUUAUGAGUACCCAUUUUGACCACCGAGGGCAGAUUGCGAGGGAAGAAAGCUCCAAGCUCAUUCUCAUGCUAGCCUCCGAAUGGAGACGAACGCAUGGUGACUCUUAUCCUCCUUUGGUUCUGGGCGGCGACCUCAACAGCACCCCGACAGACCAGGCAUACAAGACGUUGACCUCAUCUGACUCGGGACUGCAAGACACAUCUGCGGUUUUUCCAGAUGAACUAAAGUACGGCAACCGCGACAUUACAUACACGUCUUUUGGCGAGCCAGACGAGGAGCCAAAGACCAUCGAUUUUCUCUUUGUCCAGAGACCACCAACCCUCAUACUCAGGUUGUUUGGAAUUCUGCCAAAUAAAUUUGACGAUGGUGUCUUCCUGUCUGACCACCGACCUAUCUUUGUGGAUAUGGAGGUGUGAUCCUGGAAAGGUGUCUUCACUCUUCGGCUCCCCUAUUUUUUUUUUCCCGUCUUGCGCGCCUCUUGUCCAAUAGUUCCGUCACUUCGUUUUUAUUCAUUCUUUUGUUCGGUUGCUCUAAGGCGGCCUGAAUAGCACCAUUGUAUCAGACGACUAGCUGGCCAGUGGUUGGGCAUCGAUGCUUUGCACGGUUGUUUGUGCUAGACCUGCUUAGUCUUCGGGUUUGUUGAAGACGGAGAAAAUGGAAGUCGUUGCUUGAUCAGAGCAAGAGGUUUCUUUUUGGCACUGCAGACUAAAUCGGAGGGAAUACCACGACCAGGCUAUUUAUCAGCCCGUGCUUGGGUCUUCGUAAACGAAGCACUUCGCUACGGACCUUCUGUCUGGGCCGAAGCUGCACGCUCCAAGCAACAAAGAGAUACACGGUGCUCAUUUGUCAAAUUUCUGUCGAUCAGAGCCGAAACCGUGAUCUUCAAGUGCCCCCGGAAGGAUGUUACGCGUUACAACUCGAACCGGACCUGGACGACUGGUGAUCUGAGGUGCCUUCCUUGGCCCACAGCUUGCAGUUUGAGCCUCCUUUUCCUCGUUGGAUGUUUCAGCCACGUCUGGACUCAAAGACUCCGUCCAAAAGACUUCGAGUGAUCUGCGCCGAGUAUGGAGAUACCAGAUUGGCGGGAACCAAGACGCUGCUAUAUAACUUGGUGUGAUGUCACUACAGCACCAUGGUACUGGUACGCCAAUGAUUAUGUGCAUCAUCGACCGCAUCGUCCUUAUAGAGAUUCGCAUAGUCUGCACAAAGGGUUGGCUGCACCCUUAUACUUGAGUCAAUGCCUUGUACCUGUGCCGAGUAUAAAGGGAGCGUCUUUUGGAAAUCUGUCCAAUUUGUUACAAGUCGGUGACCGCCCAAGAUGGCUUGUUGUGCGACAAAGAUGUUGAGUCACUUGCUCUUCAGUGCAGAUUUCACGGACGAUUCGCAUUGAUUUUUCCGCUCUUUUUCUUCCUGUGACAAGCCGCUUUUGAUGGCGAUACAGCAUGAGACGUAGCUCGUCUCCCGCGCAUUCUUCCGCGCAAUUGCGAUAAUGCGCGAAGUUGGCACAUCUAUUGCACCCUCCCAGUUAUCUCACCCUCCCUACGCCGCACGUUGGUUUAGUCUCGUUACAAUGAUGCACUAGAAACGCUUCUUCUAGGCGGGUGACUUGAAGUUUGAGGGGUUAAUAGUCUUUAUGCAUUUGGGUUGGACAGGUAAGAACGACUGUUGGCAUCACACUCACGCUCACACUCGAAACUCGAGGGCUUGGCAGAAUAAACAUAUUUUCCACAUGGC